CAUACAUAAAAGAAAAAAACGUCUCUCUUCGAAACCCUCCGUUGUUCUAAGUUCCAAGAAAGAAAGAUAAACAUAAAUGGAAGCACACAACGUAGAGCCUUUGAUAACCCCUGAAAUGAAAAACAGGGGAACUAUAGAGUUACUCUACAGAGCUUUGCAGCAAGGCGACGCAUCAACGGUGGCCAAAUUGGUGGCCAGUGACGUGGAAUGGUGGUUCCAUGGACCUCACAACUGUCAACACAUGAUGAGACUACUAACAGGGGAACCACCGAGCCAAGUUUCGUUCAGGUUCGAGCCAAGCAGUGUACAAGUAGUGGUGCCUGGUCAUGGCUGCGUCAUAGCAGAAGGGUGGGAGGGUUCACACGUGUACUGGGUCCACGUCUGGAAGUUGAAAGAUGGAGUGGUCACUGAGCUAAGGGAGUAUUUCAAUACGUGGAUAACUGUUACGGAUUACAGUCGUGGGGCAAUAGGAUGGGACAUGGGGCGUUGCACGGUUUGGGAGAGCGUACCGAGGGAUCUAGCUCGUGGUUCGUUACCUAGCUUGCUGUUGGCUAUUUAACUGUGUAGACUAAAGUAUAACACAGUUGUGUCUGGUGGUUAUCUCUUUACGUAGUAAAUUAAAAAAAAAGCCUCAAGAUGUUCUGAAAAUUUUAAAAGCCUUAUGUGUGUUUAUGAACCAAAAAGGUAUUGCAUCUUUCUUGUCCUUGUUAUAAAAAUGUUCUACUUUUUUUUAAGGUUCAUCACACAUCAUACUGCUUCUGUUUCAAAAUAAUGUGUACUUCAUCUGUUUCAUAAUAAAUGUCACUUUAUACUUGUA